CGCUGGUGAACUGAGUGGGAGGUCACUCAGCAGCUCCCUUCUCUUGAUCCAGCCCAGCCAGGAGUCGGUUCGCCCUUACACCAGCAUGGCUUAUCACCGGCACUCAGGUCCCAGCAGCUACACCGUGGGCACCAUGUCUGAACGCUUCGACUGCCACUAUUGCCGCACCCCACUGCAUGGGAAGAAGUACGUGCAGAAGGAGGGACGCCACUGCUGCGUCAAGUGCUUUGAGAAGUUCUGCGCCAACACCUGUGCCGAGUGCCGGAAGCCCAUCGGGGCUGAUUCCAAGGAGCUGCAUUUCAAGAACCGCUACUGGCACGACAACUGUUUCCGCUGCUUCAAGUGUUACACAUCUCUGGUGAACGAGCCCUUCAUGCUGAAGGAGAACAACAAGGUGUGGUGCAACAAGUGCACCACCAACGAGGAUGCUCCUAAGUGCAAAGGCUGCCUGAAGCCCAUUGUGGCAGGUGACCAGAACGUGGAAUACAAGAAGACCGUGUGGCACAAGGAUUGUUUCACUUGCAGCCAGUGCAAGCAAGUGAUUGGCACAGCCAGCUUCUUCCCCAAAGGAGAUGAGAUUUAUUGCGUUUCCUGCCAUGAGCAUAAGUUUGCCAAGGCUUGUGUGAAGUGUAAGAAUGCCAUCACUUCUGGAGGCGUCUCCUACCAAGAUCAGCCUUACCAUGCCGAGUGCUUUGUGUGUGCCACUUGCACCAAGAAGCUGGGCGGGCAACGCUUCACCGCAGUUGAAGACCUGUUCUACUGUGUGGAUUGCUACAAGUCUUUCGUGGCUAAGAAAUGCAACAAUUGCAAGAACCCCAUAACAGGCUUUGGAAAAGGCACCAAUGUGGUGAGCCACGAAGGCCACUCCUGGCAUGAGUACUGCUUCAACUGCAAGAAGUGCUCCAUCCCCUUGGCCAACAAGCCUUUUGUCUUCCACCUGGAGCACGUCUACUGCCCCAACUGUGCCAAGAAGUUGUAAAGGGGGGGGGCAAAGUGAAGGGCAGCAGCAGGAACCGCUCAGCUCUUUCCUGUGAAGCCGCUUGGAGAUCCCCUCGGCUUGCAAGCGGCCUGGCUGUAAGCAUUUGCAUUGUAGCCCCCCCCAGCCCACCCCUCUUUUUGCUUUUCUAAAGGAUGUUAAGGCUCUUUUCCCCAUUCCCUCUACAGGCCAUGCCCAAUAAAGGGUUGACUAACUGCAGCAGCCAGCUCUGCUCUCUUGCCAACCGUAGAGGUGCGGGCUACAUCUUACACUUCCCACGUCCUGGCUUCGCAUAUCUGCCGGUUAGGGGACUAGCAGCUCAGCAAGGGUGAAUUCACAUGGCUGCUUUUUCAGAACAUCUCCCCAUCUCCUGGGGUAGAUCCCGUGUUGCAAAGCCACACAAAACAAAGAGAGGCUUGCAAAGAUCUGGCAGCUGGAGAAAAACAGAUGUUCAAGGGGCUUGAAAUAGGUGCCCGUUUGUUCUCUCAAUGUGCACGACCCAAAGCUUGCUACAGCACCUGUGUGGCACCUUCUUUUUGGAGAAGGCACCUGUCUUCUCUUGGAUGUCCAUUGAAAACAUUCCUGGUCCAGAGACUGGACUAUGCUGCACCCGUGGAACAGCCCUCCCACUGGCUCAUUUAGCUUUUGGCUCUCACAGCUGUGAUGUUGUGGUCCAAGGACCCUUUUAUUCGAUGGUGCUGGUCCCAAAUUAUUUUUUAAAUGCAAUCACUAUUUUUUUUAAAAAAAACAAAAAACAACCACACACACAACAUUGUUGACAGCUUCGAGGAUUUCCAUUUCUUUUACCCAAAUAUCCAUCCUAUGCCUAAAUAUUGAAUUUGUCCGUGUCGAGACAGCCGAGGCAACAAACAGCGGCUGCUCCUCUUAUAGGUGCAGCAACGGCUUUUUUGAGAGGAUACAGGUAGUCCUCAAUUUACAACCAUCUGUGUAGGGUCCGUUUGAAGUUUCCCAGCUGGCUUCCAGAUUUGUUAAGCCAGAUUCGCUUAACAACCAUGUUGUUCACUCAACAACUGCCGUGAUUUGCUUAAACUACCAUGGCAAAAAGAUCGUAAAAUCAUUUAAGAAAAAAAGAUCGUAAAUUGCUUAGCAAGGGAAAGUCUGGUCAUAAAGCGAGGACUACCUGUAGAUCCAAGUGGCCAUCUGACUCCACCCUGAAAUCUGCUAGUUCAGAGAAUGGUUUGGGGCUUUCCUUCACUUGGCAUUCAUAUUAAUCCACACGAGAGGUCGCAAAAACCCCUUUUCCUUGCCUCUUACGCAGAGAGUGGGCGCAUAGUAUCGUAGCUUAUUUUAACCAGCAUUUAACUCCCGGGAACGGCCACGGCUGACUUUAGAAUAACUCCACUUAGCCAUCAAUUUUAAGGUUGCCAGAUUCGUAGCUUCUUCGCUUCACCCCGAAACGGGCCUUUGUCGACUUGGGCAUCGUUCUCAGCCCGAGAUGCCCCCCCUUCCCCGGGCAGGUGGAAAGACGAGGGUGACGUAGCUGCAAUUCUUCUUCUUCUUCUUGUACCAAGGCCUUUCCUCCAAUAAACAGGAAGUUACUGCUUA